GGCGCUGCUGCGGGGGGCCAGACGGCCGGCUUCCGACACUGGGCUUCGGGGCUGAUCGCCGGCGCUGCCCUCGGCGCUCGGAACGCCCGCGCCCCGCCCGUGCACGCCCGGCCGCCCGCUACUUACCCAGCGAGCAGACAGAGCAACCUCCCCAGCAGACACAGAGAUGCAGAUCUUUGUGAAGACCCUGACUGGCAAGACCAUCACCCUCAAGGUCCAGCCCAGUGACACCAUUGAGAAUGUCAAAUCUAAAGUCCAAGACAGGGAUUUUGUGGGCAAACAGCUGGAGGAUGGUUGCACUCUCUCAAACUACAAUAUUCAGAAAGAGUCCACCCUUCACUUGGUGCUUCCUCUGCAGGGUGGCAUCAUUGACCUCUCCCUCUGCCAACUUGCCCAGAAGUACAACUGCAACAAGACAAUCUGCCUCAAGUUUUGCGGCCACCUGCACCCCUGCACAAUCUAUUGCCACAAGAAGUGCGGCCACACCAACAACUUGAGGAGAAGGGUAAAUAAGGCCCCUCUACCACCUCCUCAGGCCCACACGACGGCCUUCUUCCUGAACCCCGUGGCCCUGGGGCCUCAAUUAAGUCUUCUUUUCCUUGACUGGAGAAGUGAAAAAAAAAACAACCAACAACAACAAAACACUCCCGAUUGUCUCGAGUUUUGAAAAGAAGACAAGAGGAAUCUAUUUCUAGGAUAUGAAUUUUGUUUAGAGGGUGGAAAAUCAGAAUAUUAUAUAGGGCAACAAUGAUCCUGGCUAUCCAAAUAUUAAAUUUCUUUAUUUCCUCUACUAAAAAUAGAAUUGUUAAGGUGGCCAUAAAUGUAAGAGUUACUUAAUAAUUGUCAGUAACUGCAGGCAUUCUAAUUAUUAGUUCCUAAAUAAGAAAACUAAGGCCAAAGAAAGUGAUGAGUUUUUUCCUGAAGGAAAUAAUUUAUAAUUAUAAAAAAAACUCCUCAACCACAGUCAAAAUUAACUUCUUAGAAUAGUCAGGACACAUCUUCACAAGAGCAAGCAUGUCCUGUAGCUAAAUGGGAGACACACCACCCCUCCCCACCAAUGGGAUGGAAGACAGCUGGAGUUGUCUAACACAUUUACAGUAUGUCACCUCUUAGACUCUGUGUUUCAGAAAUCAAACAUUACUCCAUUUUAUCUCAAAAACAUGACCUCAGAUUAUGCUAUUCUUUUGCCAGUUAAGUUUAAAUAAAAUCUUGUAGAUAUUAUAGCAAUGGUUCUCAAUCAGAGACCUGGGAUAACGCUAAACAUCCUACAAUGCACAGGUCUGUGUCCCACAAAAGAAUUACCUGGCCAAAUAUGUCAACAGCGCCAAGACUGAGAAAACCUGUAUUAGAGAAAAGCUGAUAAAUGUCUCUUUUUCCCAAUUAAGUUUAUAAUAUGCUUUUAUCAUUCAACCAUUUGCCAAAUAUUUAUUGAGCAUCUAUAGGGCACUGGGAAGAAGAAAAACAAGGUCACUGCCUUCCUGAGCCACACAAUUCAGAAAGGAAAUAAGUCAAUAAGAUAAUUGUAGAUUGUGGUAUCCAGUGCAAAAGAAACACAUGGGAAAUGACAGAGAGUAACUGGGAGGUGCGUUAGAUAAUAUGGUCAAGGAAGGAUUACCUGCUGUGGAAAUAAGGACGUUUUGUUCAGCAAAUAACAGAAACCCCUAAUUCAAGUUGGCUUAAAGAGUAAGGAGAUGUUUAAAUUCACAUAACUUAAAUCCAGAGAUAGGGCUAGUCUCAGGACUAGCUUAAAAACUGGGCUCCAGCCGAAACCGGUUUGGCUCAGUGGAUAGAGCGUCGGCCUGCGGACUGAGAGGUCCCAGGUUUGAUUCCGGUAAAGGGCAUGUGCCUGGGUUGCGGGCAUAUCCCC